UAAAAACCAAGUCCAACGUUAGGCAACGUGAAAAGCAAGACACACUCCUGCCAAUAAAAAUUGCAAAGGAAGUACAAAAACAAUAGAAAUUAAUUAAUUAAUUAAAGAGAAACGGAAUUUCAUUAUUUGAUAGUCUGUUCCAUCCCCACCAUUAAAAUUCUCUUUUUCUUAAACAUAAAGAGAAGGGAGGAGGCAAUCUACGUUCAUUCUCCACCAAUCUCAUUUACGGCCAAUACUUUCUAUCCCCCUAUCACAUGUUUUAGCCCUUUAAUUUCGUCUCGAGACAAAGCGAAGGGCAAAGUCAUCUCUGUCUUCUCUCCUCCAUCAAAAACCCAAGCUCUCCUUUAAAAACGACAUCGUCCACACUCUCUCACGUCAAUAUCGUAAACUGCUUCUUUCAAGUUCAAUCGCUCAUCUUCUUAACAAACUCAAACCGUAAAAUCUCUGUCUUCUUCCUCCCUUUGCCGCCAUAUCUAUACUUGUGAUUAUUCUUCUUUCUAUCCCUUAUUACCCCAUACUUUCUUCUCCUUUGAUUGUGGUUGUAAUUUGUUUGACUACGGAUUGAUCCUUCAAUCUUUAUACUAAUCUUUAACCGGGCUAUUAAUAUUGUUGGAGGAAUGUUUACAGAGAUGAUUUUAUACUUGGGUCCUUUAUGGAUAGCGUUUUUUGUAGGAAUAAUACUUGGUUGGGCUUGGAAGCCGAAAUGGGCGAGCCAGGGAACUCCGAAAUUGAGUUGUGCUUUAUCGAAAUCAUUGGAAUUAUCGUUGCCAUCAUCGCCUUCUAAGUCGCCUAUUUCCCCUUUGAAAAGUUUUGGUUCGGCUCCAUGUUUGAGCUCCUUGAAAAUGCAGUCACAAACUUCUGAAUCUUGGGUCAUUAAUGAUGGAGCCCAUCGGAAGCAGCCCUCUGUUUCUCUUUCUGAAUAUGACAAUUGCAGCUCAUGCUGCACAUCACAGCUUAAUGAAGGACGUUCAAGUGUUGUAACAGAAGAGGAUUUAAAGCAUUUAUGGCAACUUGUUGAAAUGAGGGACGGAGGUCCUACCUGGAUACAUAUGAUGGAUCGUUAUGCUCCCAAUAUGAGCUACCAAGCAUGGCGGAGAGAUCCAAAGACUGGUCCUCCUCAGUAUCGUAGCAAAACUGUCUUUGAGGAUGCAACUACAAAGAUGGUGAGGGACUUUUUCUGGGAUGAUGAGUUCCGACCAAAGUGGGAUGACAUGCUUGCAUAUUCUGCAACCAUAGAAGAGUGUCCUACUACAGGGACCAUGGUUGUUCAUUGGAUAAGAAAGUUUCCAUUCUUUUGCAGUGACAGAGAAUACAUAAUAGGUCGACGGAUAUGGGAAUUGGAUGGGUCUUACUACUGUGUGACAAAGGGAGUUUCCUGUCCUUCCAUCCCCCGGCGUAACAAACCUAGACGUGUGGACCUGUACUAUUCAAGUUGGUACAUUCAAGCGGUGGAAUCAAGAAGAGGUAAUGGCCAACUGACUGCAUGUAAGGUGCUACUCUUCCAUCAUGAAGAUAUGGGCAUCCCAUGGGAAAUUGCGAAGCUCGGAGUACGUCAGGGAAUGUGGGGAAUGGUGAAGAAAAUCGAGCCUUGGUUGUGUGCUUACCAAAAAGAAAGAGCAUCCCUAGCUCCACUAUCUGGACCUGCAUCUAUGGCUCAAAUUAACACCAAAACAAGUACCGAGUACCUGAGAUCUAUGGAAAGCAAUGAAGAUUUGUUGAAGUCUGAUGUAGCAGCUACUUCUGAAAAACCACUGGCUAAGAACAUUUCAAUGGUCCUAAUUCUUGGUGGGAUAAUUAUUCUUGCUUGUAGCCUCGAUCAUGGACUGUUGAGUAAGGCAUUUAUCUUUGGUAUGGGUAGAAGGCUUGCAAACAGAGGAAAGAGAAUACGUUAGGGUUCUGCAAGACAAAGGCUCAUCUUUUUGCAUGAGAGAUAAGUUUCUUGAUUUGGUAGAGGGUAGAAAUAUAAUUAUUUCCAAUAACGGGAGAGGUUGUAUAUUUAUGUUUACUGAUAUGUAUAAUUUGAACUUCAGAUUACUAAGGUCGGAACUGGAUGGCUUUACAUACUCGCACCAGGAAUUUUCACAUGAAACCUGCUGAACCACUGGCACCUUACUUUUUAUCUGUUAUGCUCAUCCAGUUUAUUUAGGAGCAGAUUAUAGUCUUGUAAUCUAAUAGCAUGGAUUGAUCAGCCAAUAUAAGAUUAAUUUGGAUUCACAGGGAUUUUUUGAAAAUGCUGAAGUUGAUGCUGUCUGUCAUGAUAAUUGACCUAUUCUGAAGGUUUUGCCUAUAUGCUCUGUGCUGUUUUAUUCUGCUUGUAUAUUUUUUUGGUAAUGACACAUCUCUAUUCUACCAAUUCGGUCUCAUUGGCAAUCGCUAUUUGCAUUUACUUAUGUCCUCCCUCUCCAAUGAAUUUCGUAAACCAUCAUGAUGGGCUUGAUUAGGCAUUACACCAUGCUUGUGUAUUGAGUCUUUUUUAUUUUA